UUUUUUUUCGCGAGUCAUGAUUUAUUUUUUCUCGACAAAUAGAAAAUUUUAUUCGACAAUAGAAAUAAAUUCAUUGUUUUUCAACGUUUUUAACAUAUGUUGAUGGAAAGUUUGUUUUUCUAAAUAAACUUUGGAAAAUAUAUAUUAGAAAAUUGAAAUGAUAAAUUGCGUGUAAAUUUUUUUUUAAUGACGACGUUUUCUUUUCGCGUAGAAAGUGCCAAGUUUUAGUUUAUGAGAAAAAUUGAGAGAAAAAAGAAAGAAUUUUGAUGUAUGUGCAGUUUUAAAAUAUGACUUAUAGCUUUUAUCAAAAGACUCUUGUCAUUAUUAUUGUUUUCACUGGAGCAUUUCACACAUUAUCAGUAAAAUAUGCUGAUCGUUCGGAUGCAACUGGAGAAGAUGGACAAACACGAAAAUUUAAUCAUCCCUUUGUGGAAGCAUCUUUUAUGUUUCUCGGCGAAACUUUAUGUUUAAUUGUUUACAAAAUUUGUUGUUGGUACUUGAAUAGAAAAUCGGACGGAUCAAUUGACAGAAAUCCAUUGACAAGAGGAAAUCGAGAUGUGAAUCCAAUGAUUCUGAUGAUUCCCGCAUUGUGCGAUGUUAUUGCAACAUCAAUGAGAUACAUUGGCCUGACAAUGACGUACGCGAGUAGUUUUCAAAUGCUACGUGGUGCCGUUAUCGUAUUCACUGGAAUAUUAUCGAUGGGCUUUUUAGAUAGAAAAUUAGGAUCACGUGAAUGGAGUGGAAUUGUUCUCGUUAUCAUUGGCCUUGUCAUUGUUGGCAUUACCGAUGUUCUCAAUGAGGAUCGAACUAUGGGUUCGAAUUCAAUUAUUACCGGGGAUUUACUUAUUCUUUGUGCUCAGGUAAUGACUGCAAUUCAAAUGGUUUAUGAAGAAAAAUUCGUCGGUGGUAAUGAUAUUCCCGCACUGCAAGCAAUUGGUUGGGAAGGAGUUUUUGGCCUAAUUGCACUUCUCCUCGUUAUGAUUCCUUUGAAUUUUAUAAAAGCAGUUCCGCCAUUCGCUGACAAUUCUCGUGGAACUUUGGAAGCCACUAUUGAUGCUUUCAUACAAAUCGGAAACUCUGGUCAACUUAUAAUUGCCAUGCUAGGUAUAAUGCUAACAAUAGGCCUAUUUAAUUUUUCUGGAUUAAGUGUGACGAAAGAAAUAAGCGCCACAACACGAAUGAUUUUAAGCAGUAUUUGUACAAUUGUUAUUUGGGCAUUCUCACUAGUUUUUCAUUGGCAAGCUUUUCACUAUUUACAGCUGGUCGGCUUCGCUGUUCUCGUAUUGGGAAUGUGCUUUUACAACAAUCUACUAAUUCCCACUCUGCUUACACAAAUAAAAAGUAGACUGAAUAGAUCGAGUAAUAAUAUCUCAAAUGACGAAGAAAGAAUUUUGAAUGCAACUGAUGACGAUUUAGAGGAUAAAUCGAGUUAUUAAUAUUAACAAUAUUGCCGUUUAAUUUAAUUAAUUAAUUAAUUAA